ACCAGACAUGCCGUUCCUUCCCAGCCGUUUGCUGGAUUCCAGAUGAACCAGUCUGAACGCUCUCAGUUCACUCUGCCUGGAAAGUGUUGCGAGGCUCUGUGACAUGGAUAUACACGCAGUGAUGUUAUUAUUCCUGCUUACAGAGAUCCGUCCAUCGUGCUCUCGUGCUCUGCAGCCUUUUAUGCCAAAUGUCUGCUCGGGACAAGAGAGAAUCAUCACAGCUGAGAGACAGCCAUGUGUACAGGCUUUUACACGUAUGGUGAAGGUUUGGAGGCAAGGAUGCACAGGUCAUGCUUGGUGUAUGGACUAUGAAAGGAGGACUGCUUACUACUUAGGCUACAGGCAGGUCUACAGACAAGAUUUUAGGAGUACGCACAAAUGCUGUCCUGGAUGGUCUCAGCUCAGUGCAGAGGCAGGCUGCCUCCAUCCUCUCUGCACUUACGGAGUCUGCUUUAAUGGAGGUGUGUGUACGGGGCGCAUGCAUCAACUCUGUGACUGCCCCGCAGGAUUCAAUGGAUCCACCUGUCAGUAUGAUAUUGAUGAGUGCCAGGUUCACAACGGGGGCUGCCAGCAUAGGUGUGUGAACACCCGAGGCUCGUACUACUGCGAGUGCAACCCGGGGUUUCGUCUGCACAUCGACGGACGCACCUGCAUAGCUUUCCUAUCCUGUGCAGUGAAUAAUGGAGGCUGUGAGCAUGAGUGUGUCCAGCUUUCUUCAGUUCACUUCCAGUGCCGCUGCAGACAUGGGCACCAGCUCACAGCUGAUGGAAAGCACUGCAGAUUGAGGAACCCAUGUGCGGAGAGGAACGGCGGCUGCGUGCACUUAUGUCGCAGCGAUGGCGGUCAUGCUGUGUGCAGCUGUCACCAAGGCUUCGCGCUGGACCCGGACCAGAAGAGCUGUGAAGAUGUCGAUGAGUGUGAGACAGGAUUGGCGGCGUGUGCUCACAGUUGCAGAAACACUCCGGGCUCAUUCUCAUGCAUCUGCAAUCCAGGAUACGAGCUGGGCUCUGAUGGCAGGAAAUGCUACCGUAUUGAAAUAGAGAUUGUUAAUAGCUGUGACUCAGAUAAUGGUGGCUGUUCACACCACUGUCAGCACGGCACACUUGGACCGGUCUGCAGCUGUAACCAGGGUUAUCAGCUCUCCGAGGACCUCAAAACCUGUUUAGAUCUGGAAGAAUGCGAGGAGGGAACUUCAUGCUGUGAGCAGGACUGCACAAACUACCCCGGAGGUUAUGAGUGCUACUGCAGGGCAGGAUACAGACUGAACGCUGAUGGAUGUGGAUGUGACGAUGUGGAUGAGUGCCUUUCUGAUAAUGGGGGCUGUGAGCACACUUGUCAGAACACAGCUGGCUCAUAUCACUGCUUCUGUGAGUUUGGAAACCGGCUUGCUGAAGAUAGACACUCUUGUAUUCCCCUGGAGAGAGCGGUUGAGGAAUUGUCCAGUCCAGUGGUGGUUGAGCGACCUCUACUUCAUCUCACUCUCCUUCAGGACUUCCCACAACCCCUGGAGCGUUUUCACGACUAUGAGGAUGACGACGGCUUUGGAGAGCUACGGGCUGAGAGCACCCUCUCUGAGAAAUUUGUGUGUCUGAAUGGGACGUUUGGCCACGACUGCAGCCUGACGUGUGACGACUGCUCUAACGGAGGGCUGUGUAACAGUGACAGAGACGGCUGUGACUGCCCAGAUGGUUGGACAGCAAUCAUUUGUAACCAAACCUGUCCAGAGGGAUCAUUUGGCAGAAAUUGUUCUUUCACUUGUAAGUGCAAAAACGGUGGCACCUGUGACCCGAUUAGUGGGAAGUGCCGCUGCCCACCUGGAGUCAGUGGAGACCUGUGCCAGGAUGGCUGCCCGAAGGGACUAUAUGGAAAGCACUGCAACAAGAAAUGUAACUGUGCUAAUAACGGCCGCUGCCAUCGCACAUAUGGAGCCUGUCUGUGUGAUCCAGGACUCUACGGCAGAUUUUGUCACCUACCUUGCCCCAAGUGGUCGUACGGAUCUGGCUGCUCGUCGGAGUGUCAGUGUGUGCAGCAGAACACGCUCGAGUGCCAUCGACGUCAUGGAGCGUGUGUGUGCAAGCCUGGCUAUCAGGGCAAGACCUGCAACCUGGAGUGUGAUAGCGGAUACUACGGUCCAGGAUGUAAAUCAAAAUGCCAGUGUCCAGCGGGAGUGUCUUGCCAUCACAUGACCGGGCAAUGUCAGCGUUCGUGCCCAGCCGGUCUGCACGGAGAUCACUGCGACCGAAGGUGUGCUGUGGGACAGUUUGGGGUUGGAUGUUCUCGGCCUUGUGACUGUAAUGGAGCUCCAUGCGACUCAGUGACUGGGAAGUGUCACUGUCCCGCUGGGCAGACAGGAGAACGCUGUCAGAAAGAGUGUGAAGAGGGCCGCUGGGGGCUGGGAUGUGCAGAGCUAUGUCCUUCCUGUAAUAACGGUGCAUUGUGUGAUCGGCAAAACGGUACCUGUAUUUGUCCACCGGGAUACAUGGGAAGUCUCUGUCAGAAUGUCUGUCCGUUUGGGCACUUCGGUCUCAGCUGCCAGUUGCGCUGCAUCUGUGAAAACAGCGGGCAUUGCCACCAUGUGACAGGUUUCUGUGUUUGUAAAGACGGCUGGAUAGGACCCAACUGUGCGAAAGCUUGUGAGGCGGGACACUGGGGGCCCAACUGCGCCAACCAGUGUGACUGCAGGAGCAGCGUGGGCAGCUGUGACCCUGUGACUGGGCAGUGCCACUGUGAAGCAGGCUACACGGGACCACGCUGCGAUCAAAAGUGUCCUGAGGGUUUCUUCGGGCAGGGCUGCCGUCACAGAUGCCAGUGUGAGAAUGAAGCAGUGUGUGAGCAUGUGAGCGGUGCCUGUACUUGUUUACCAGGCUGGACUGGAACGUACUGUGAAAAACCCUGUCCUGAGGGUUUUCAUGGUUUGGAAUGCCAGCAGAAGUGCCAAUGCUUGAAUGACGGUCGCUGUCACCCCUUCACCGGAGACUGCCAGUGUCCCUCUGGUUGGGUCGGGCCUCUUUGCAACACCACAUGUGAAGCGGGCACCUAUGGCUUCGGAUGCGGUCAGACCUGUAACUGUCACAAUGAUGCCAUCUGUGACCCUGCUGAUGGAAAAUGUGAGUGUGGAGCAGGAUGGACAGGGAGCAGCUGUGAGCAAGAGUGCCCAUCUGGUUUCUACGGUGUGGACUGCCUCCAGCACUGCUUGUGCCAGAACGGAGGCUCAUGUGACCGUAUCAGCGGUCACUGCACAUGUCUGAGUGGAUGGUCUGGAGUGGCAUGUGAGCUGGAAUGUACUCUGGGACACUUUGGCGUCGACUGUCAACACCAGUGUAAAUGUGAAAAUGGCGGUGUGUGUGAUCGACAGAGCGGCAGGUGCUCUUGUCCAGCAGGCUGGACGGGCUCAAGAUGUGAGACGGCAUGUCCUCAAGGUUCAUAUGGUCCAGGCUGUAAGCAGCAGUGCAGGUGCGAUCAUAACGCCCCAUGUGACCACAUCACUGGCGCCUGCACCUGUCCCGCAGGCUGGAGAGGGUCACACUGCGAGAAAAUUUGUUUACCUGGUUCAUUUGGGAAGAGAUGCUCUCAGCGUUGUCACUGUCCUCGUGGUACUUCCUGCAACCAUGUGACCGGGGAGUGUGGCUGCCCACCUGGGUUUACUGGUAACGGCUGCGAGCGAAUGUGUCAGUCAGGUACGUUCGGACUGAACUGUAAUCAGGUGUGCCAGUGCUCUGAGGUUAAUCAGCUCUGUCACCCCGUCACUGGUGUCUGCUACUGUGCUCCAGGAUAUCAAGGCAGCAAGUGUGAUACAGAGUGUGCUGUAGGCCGUUAUGGUCCCAACUGUGAGCAGGAGUGCCAGUGUCUGAAUAACGGCGUGUGUAAGACCAGCACUGGAACCUGCACCUGCCCACCGGGAUACAUUGGACCAAACUGCAACAUCACCUGUCCUUCAGGGCGAUACGGGCAGGACUGUGCCCGAGUGGCUUUGUGUGGUAAAGAGGCACGGAGCGAUCCGGUCACAGGCAGAUGCAUGUGCAAAGCGGGUCAGCGAGGGGAAGACUGUGGCAAAGGUUGUGCUAAGGGCUGGUUCGGGGAGGACUGUGCUCAGCGCUGUAACUGCAGUAAUGGAGGACUGUGUGACGCGGUCACAGGAAACUGCACCUGUGGACUGGGUUGGACAGGAGACAGCUGUGAUAGAGAGUGUCCCAGAGGCCAAUAUGGGGCUGAAUGCCGGGAGAUAUGUGAUUGUAAAAAUAAUGGCACCUGUGACAAAGUGACAGGCGAGUGUCACUGUCCUCCUGGGUACUAUGGACAUCUCUGUGAGCAUGCGUGCCCUGUUGGUUUUCAUGGACAUCGCUGCCAGCUUUUGUGUGACUGCCGUUCCAAUGCACCGUGUGACCCUGGAUCUGGCCUCUGUCUCUGUCCUCCAGGACAUCAAGGGCUCCGCUGCGAUAGAGAGUGUGAUCCAGGUACAUAUGGGCCUAAUUGUGUUCAGAAAUGUGACUGUGACGGAGACACACCAUGUGACCCUGUCAGUGGCAGGUGUCUGUGUGCACCUGGUAAAAUGGGAUCUCGCUGUGAUAUAGACUGUGGAGUGAAUGAGUUUGGGCCUGACUGCUCGGAGAGAUGUGAGUGUCACAACGGAGGUCAGUGCAAUCCACGCAAUGGCCGCUGCACCUGUCUCCACGGCUGGGUCGGGCCGAGCUGUCGAGAAGCUCAUUUCACCGUUAGCCAUUUAAAAUAACGUACACAUUUUUCAGCAAGUUGGCUAGUCAGAAUACCAGCAGACUGUAAACUGAUCUGGCUUUAACUUGUGAGUGAACUUCUGACUAAAAUGAAAGCCGUGUGCCAGUUUUUUUAUUUUAGGUCUUUGAACACAAAGGUCUACUGAACCACAUGAUGCCAAACAUUUGUGGCAGUUAAGCUGGACACAUCCGUUACUUAGUCAAGAAAUGAUACACGUUCUCAAGGAAAAGUGGACAGCAUGAAGGAGAAGACUGUUCAUAUUGAAGUUCCUCCUGGAUGAGGACAAAUCCACAGGAGUUUUUCAGCAUCUGUUCUGCUCAGGGAGAUCGAACCUCCUGAUGACAGGUUGUCUUUGAACAAGAUCGAGCUCUUGGCUUCGCCUGAAACUGAAGUGAAUCCCAGUGCCACUGUGCUCUUAAACAAAAAUCAAACUUCUCCUGUCAUUUAUGUAACCUCAUAUUUCAUGGUUCGGUAUCAAUUUAACCCCAGGUUUUGUCUUGAAUGAGAAUUUUUGCAAUACUUUUACUAAUGGUAUCUUACAUCAUUCUUAAUGAAUAUUUUAAGUAAUAAAAGAUUUUAGGUAGAAUGAGCAAAUUUGUUACUACGGUGUAUAAUAUUUCAGUGUUGACAUAUUGCUCAUAUUUCAAAAUAUUUCAAACAAUAUGAAUAUGUUGUUCGUAUACUGACUUCUUGUGUACAAUUUUAUUUGAAAGAAAACUGUACUGUAAACCUUACAAUCACUAUGAUUUCUGUUAUACUGAACCAGUGUUUUUGCUACAGAUUUAUUUUUGUACAGCACCAUCUCUACAUAACUAUGCAUUUGUAAAGUGUGAUUUAGUCAGUUUUUUUUUUUUUUAAGAAAAUGUAUAUUUCAAUACUUCUGCAGCUAAGCAAGUGGGGCCAAAGAUAGCACUUAAAACCUUGUUGUUUCAGCAAGCAAGCUUUCUCUUUGUUUUGCAGUGGUUGAUUUUCUGGAAGCUUACCAAUGUUUUAUUCAUGGUUAAACGUCUCUAAGGGGUGUAGAAACAGGCAUUGAAUUUUUUAUGUUUUUGAUAACUGCAUUUAAAUAAUUGAGAUAUUUCAUAUGCUGUUCUGUGUGCGUUCUUAAAGUGUAUAAAGGGCAGAAAUAAUCACUCAAGAAUAUCGACAUUGCUUUGCAAAUUUGCACAAGAUUGAACUAGUAUUCUUUAGAUUUACCAAAAAAGGGGAAAAUAUUAAACUGGUAUUUUUUUUUUUUUUUUUUCAGGUUUUCCAGAAUAUAAUAUUCUGUUUAUGUGUGUAUGUAUUGCUUUUAUGGUUUUUAGACACAUAAAACACAAAGACAAAAUUAAAGAAUUUUAGAAUAAUUUAUUUUCAGUUAUUUGAAGCUGUACAUAUAUUUUUCUUCAAGCGCAAUGUCGUAAGCAAUAAUUGCCAAUGAAAAAAUAAAUGAAGGCAAAUGUGAUAAUGGUCAUUAAGACCAGUAUAGUAUAUGUAUAUAUUUAGAUUAUAUACAUGUUAUUAAACCAUUCCGUUAUGUAUCUACAGAAAUCACCAUAACUCAAUGCAUAUCAGUAACAGUAAUGGUCAUAUUACAGUUAACAUGUAAUGUCAUAAUUAUACUGUAGGUCAUACCAAAACAAAAAUCUUAUCAAAUCAGCUUCAAAACAUCAGAUUUCCUGUACAUACAGUUAUGUUGACAAUACUGGACUAAUUUUACAGCAAAGUACUCAACUUGGGCUCAUUCGACAACAACCUUGUAUUCUUGCAAAAAAACAAAACAAAAAACAAACUGUACACCAACAUUUUCUCAUUCAGUGCUAUUUAUCCUCCACAUGACUAAACUGGCUCAAUUUGACCAUUUAAUUACUGACAACAUAUUAUGGCUUCCUGAGCGAAAGCAAACCACUAAAGGCUCAUAUGAUGGAUGCAGCCUGACUCAACAUACAAAUGACAGUACAAUGUCCCUCAGCUAAGGGCAACCGAAGCAACGUCUUCCACGUCCAUCAAAGCCUGCGGUCUUUGGUUAAAGUGCUACUUGAAAAAGCCUUACAGAUAUUAAUAAUCGCUCCACUUUUUUUCUUGUUUAACAGUCUCCUAAGACUCGAUGUAGCUCAGGCAACAAUCAAAACUCAUAUAAACUGCAUUACAUUCCAACUGCAGGUCAAAACGUUCAUACCCAGAUAAGCAUAAGCAUUGUUGCACGCUAAAAUAAUUAAAAUAGUAGGCCAUUAUUAAAAUUCGAUACUAUGUACAUGCAGCCAACUGUAUUGCGACUCCUUGAAGAUUAAAUUCAGUAAAAAGUCCAUUCGUUUUGGAACGAGUGUCAGAAUAUUUUGAACGGCCUUGAUGUGUUAGAAAUGUAUUUUGGCAUUUAUUUUAAAGUUUAAGUAUGAUAACAUAUAAAUUACUCCAUAAAGUCUCUGUUAACCUUAGCUUAUGCUUAUCAUUCCCCACUGAUGGUUUUAAAAUGCCAUAAUGCGUAGCGUACAGUAUUCUAUUGGUACAGAUGAAACAUGCUAAACAAAUGUUUGUCAGCACUGAAUAUUUUGCAUGAGUACUAAAUAAGGCAUAUAAUUUAGUAUUUCUUAGCCAGUGAUUAGGAUAGCGCUAAAUUGCUGUCUUUUUCGUUUAAAAGGGUCUAAGAUACGAUUUACCAGUUUUAUAGACACAUCUGGAAUAAUGUGGAAAACACAUGCAAAAAUGAUCCACUGCCUUGCAAAUAUUAUUACCUAUCAAUUAAUCAAAAGCAAUAGUUAAUUUUUAAAACCUUUUUCUAACGAGUAGGCUAACGGGUAGAGAUGUAUUUCCAGCCAGUAGAGGGCGCCAUUGGACAAAAAAUGUAAAUGUACAGGAGGAGAACAAAAAUUUAACACAAGGUAAAACUACAAA